GCAUAAGCACAACCAGCAAGGACUAGGAAGGAACCAACAGCUCGUCAUCACCCCGCCGUUAGCAUCUGGGCCCUUUCUUACUUAAUACGAACCCCACCAAUCAACUAGAGUCGAAGAAAAAUUAUUAUUCUCUCCUUCCACUCUACCCUUCUCCAUCCUCCGCCUUUUCUCUUUUUCAAUAAAAAAGCUAAAAAGACCUGAAGUCCGCUGGUGAAAUUGUAGAGAGAUUCUUCUUCACAAUCUUUCCCACCUUGUAAUUUGAGCAAUACUCUUUCAUCCUCACACAAUGGCCGCCAACGGUACCUACGCUCUUUCUCAAGAGCACAAGGACUUGCUCGAGAGAUCUCUCGUCGAGUCUGACCCAGAGGUUGCGGAGAUCAUGAAAAAGGAAAUCCAGCGACAGCGAGAGUCCAUCAUUCUGAUCGCGUCUGAAAAUGUCACUUCGCGUGCCGUCUUCGAUGCCCUAGGCUCUCCCAUGUCCAACAAGUACUCCGAAGGUUACCCCGGCGCUCGAUACUACGGUGGAAACCAACACAUCGACGAGGUCGAGCUUCUUUGCCAGAAGCGUGCUCUCCAGACCUUCCACCUCGACCCGGAACAGUGGGGUGUCAACGUUCAGUGCCUCAGUGGUAGCCCGGCAAACUUGCAGGUCUACCAGGCCAUAAUGGCCCCUGGAGGUCGAUUGAUGGGCUUGGACCUCCCCCAUGGUGGCCAUCUGAGUCACGGAUAUCAGACUCCUUCCAGAAAGAUCUCGGCUGUCUCAACUUACUUUGAGACUAUGCCUUACCGAGUAGACCUCACCACUGGUAUCAUUGACUACGAUAGGCUCGAGGAGAAUGCCCAAUUGUUCCGUCCUAAGGUCCUUGUCGCCGGUACCUCCGCUUACUGCCGCGAGAUCGACUAUGCCCGCAUGAGGAAGAUUGCCGACUCCGUUGGCGCUUACCUUGUCGUUGACAUGGCUCACAUCUCUGGUCUGAUCGCCGCCGAGGUCAUCAAGUCUCCCUUCCCCCACGCCGACAUCGUCACUACCACUACUCACAAGUCUCUCCGUGGCCCUCGCGGCGCCAUGAUCUUCUUCCGAAAGGGUGUCCGCAGCACCGAUGCCAAGACUGGCAAGCAGACCUUCUACGACCUCGAGUCGGCCAUCAACUUCUCUGUCUUCCCUGGCCACCAGGGCGGUCCCCACAACCACACUAUCACUGCUCUCACCGUUGCUCUAAAGCAGGCUCAGUCUCCCGAAUUCAAGGCGUAUCAGCAGAAGGUUGUGUCCAACGCCAAGACUUUGGAGAAUAAGUUCAAGGCUCUCGGUUACAAGCUCGUCUCCGACGGAACUGACUCGCACAUGGUUCUUCUUGACUUGAGACCCCAGUCGGUGGAUGGUGCACGUAUUGAGGCUGUGCUUGAGCAGAUCAACAUUGCUUGCAACAAGAACGCUACCCCUGGCGACAAAUCCGCGCUUACUCCUUUUGGUAUUCGUAUCGGUACUCCUGCCAUGACCUCUCGUGGCUUCGGUGAGCAGGACUUCGAGCGUGUUGCUGGUUACAUCGAUGAGAGCAUCAGGAUUGCCAAGGAGCUCCAGGCUAGCCUCCCCAAGGAGGCCAACAAGCUCAAGGACUUCAGGGCUAGACUUGCUGCCGGUGAUGUUGCCAGAAUUAACGAGCUCAAGAAGGAAAUUUCUUCGUGGUCUCAGACCUUCCCUCUUCCCGUCGAGGGCUGGAGAGUGGAUGCUGGCAUUUAAAUUGCCACGUGUAUGAUUGAAUGACGAGGACGAAGAAGAGGGCGAGGAGGUGUAUUGUUCAACAUAUAGACAUGAAGGCGAAAGAGGGGCAACUCAACUUAUCUCUGGUUUGUGGACAUACGGCGGGCUUCAUUCUGGAAAAUGGGAUGACAAAAGUGGACAAUUGCAUGCAUUCAUCAGGCGUUGCAAAUAUCAUGAGCUCUGGAGUUUGGUAUAGCUCUCAGGGUCUGGGUCAUCCGCGGCACUGCUUCAACGCGGUAGAUUAUAGGGAAUUGAUAUCCAUUACAAUGAUUUAGUGUAAUUAAGGAAUUAGAGAGCACCAAUGAGGACUCUUAAUGAAAUCCGGGCUACAUAUUGCGGUUCUCCAUUGAACGUUUGAUGGACAGAGACUGGAGGUGACGAAAAUGAUACGCUAUCCCUAAUUACUCAACACGUCAUCCGUAAACGGUACA